AUGCCCGUCAUGGAGUGCAUGGGCUGGGAAGUAGCUGAUGAAUUCCUGGUCCUCCCGAAGAGGGUCGAGCUGGACUACCAGAAGCAUGUGACGAAGAUCCUGGAUGCGAAGAGCCACUUCCUCCUCCGUGACACGACGGAGAAGCGAACAGCCAAGAUGUUCCAGGAGUCUGCAAGGCAGGGGCAGGAGUUGGCAGAUCUGCGUACGAUGCAGAAGCAGAAGUACCAGGAAGGCGGGUUGACCGAGCUUCAAUCCGAUCCCUCUUCCAUCUCCAAUGUCUACCACCCCAUCGAGGCUGAGCCAAGGAUUCAGGGCACCAGCUCAUUCGAUCUAUCCUGGUGCUGCUGUUGCUGCACUUGGGGAAAAGGCGGCUCGGGGAGCUCUUCGAGGCCGAAGAUGAGGACGCUGGACGACAUCCCGCGGCAGUUGACCAUGAACGAUGCCGCGAGGGGUCUUCAGGUGGCUCGACUCCUAGGCGGUGGCUGA